AUGGCCAAGCCAAGCCAGAAGCCCAAGAGGCAGAGAUCGCAGGCAUCAGCCUCACUGUCCCGCGCAGCAUCUUUACAUCCCUCUAUCCCCUCUACCCCAAUCUCCAAAAACAUGUCAUCCCCCCAAAUCAUGAAGAAGCGACGUCUCCAGGGACGCAAUGAACGCGUCCCCGAGACUCCCCCCCAAAAACGAGCCCCGACGAGUAGUCAAAGCCAACAAAUCCCCAAACGAACAAGUCAACUAGUUCAAGCAAACUCACCGAAUACACCAUUUGAUAUUUCAUCUGGAGAGAGCUCUGAUUCAGACUUUGAGAACAAGAGACCAGCUGCUAGAGAGCGACAAGGUGCUUCUAUGUCUCCUCAAGCACCCUUGCCCAACCUCACCUCAAGCGUUGCAGGCCCAAGUCGAAGCACAUCUGUCCCUCCAGCUCAUAUCCCUCCCAAACCCAGUCAGAAUGAGAAUGUAACCCAAAUUGAGAAUGAGUCGGACCACGACAAUGAGAAGGUUCAGCUUACUCCGAAAAAGCGCCAGCUUGAGCAACAGAAAGCAAACGUCAAGCGACGACGAGUUGGCGACUCAAUCGAGACCCCUGUGUCGAUCGAUGCAGACGAUGAGGAUCAACCCGACUCGGACAUUGAGGUCGUCAGGGUCCUGGUGUCCCCCAGGCGCAAGGCCGCCAAAGGUCGCGCUACAGCCGACAAAGAUAUCAAGGCCGAGAACUCUGCUAGGCAGCGAAAGGUUGCCGCUCAGCGCAAGACCCAGUCUUCCUCUGUGACAAAGCGUCCUACACCUGCUAAGUCAGCUGUUGCACGCGACACCACACCAAUCAAUACUUUGCACAUCGACCUUACCCAGGAGCCCUCCGAUAGUUCUGAUUUCUCAGAUGAAGAGACUACGGUCCCCGCUAAGCCAGCUCUGCCAACACUAGUUGAGCAUACCCUUGACGUCCAGAAGCCAGCCAUUACGACUGAACACACUACCAUCAGUCACACCGACAAUCCUGUGGCUACUCCCCAGGAGACCGUCCUUGUCCAUGAACAGAGGGAGCCCUCGCCACACAUCACGGAUUCUUUGCUAGAUUGGGUUGAUCGCCAGACGACGAAGAAAUCUACCUCACUCUCCAGCAGCAAUUGCCCGUCUCCCGACCAUGACGUGCCCUUCUCCACCGCGCCUGAAUACCAGCAUGAUGAUACCGCAGCGAAGAAGAUCAAGAUGGAAGCUCACGAUAGUGACAUGGUGUCCAUCAAAAAAGAGAGCAUUGAGCAAUACAACUCUAGCGAUGACGAAGGUAGCAGUGAUGAAGAGUCUCACGAUGGAGACAUCCGCGCUAUAAAGCAAGAGAGCAGCUUAAUGUAUGGUCAAUCCUCAGACGACGAAGAAAACUUCGACGAAGAGGACAUCAAGAACAUUAAAAUGGAGAGCCACUCAAGUCCCAUGAAAAUUUCUGCUCUCAAGCAGUACGAGUCACAUCCCGCCAAAGACGGCGAAAAGGAGUACGACGACGAUGAGGAGGAAUACCAAGGCCUCCCUGACCUAAGUGACGAUGAGGUGUCUCACGACGCCAACACCAACGAGGUGGAAGAGAAUGAAAACGUUGGAUCCUCGCCACCUGUGUCAUAUCAGCUACCACAGGAAGACGCCCCUCCGAAAGCUGUCUCUACAACACUUGAGGAGAAGGUCACAUUUGAUUCGGCUGAUAAGGAUUUGGGCAACUCGUUCGGCAAUUCGAAGAAACAUCUCUCCACUCCGAUCAAAACUGAGAAGGGUCUUUCACCAUCGAUCUAUGAGCUUCAGCCAGUUUAUAGUGGUGAGAAGCUUAUGCAGAGCCACACUCCAGGUACACCAUCGCCGUUCCGACCUCACCAUCGGGAUUCGCUUCUCGGCUUGAGGAGUAUCCUGAAGGGCUCGGGCGGGCGAGGUCGUGCAAGCGAUAACGAGAGUGUUUACUCUCCCUUCCCGGAUGUCUCUCCCCUUUCUGGAGAUGAGUACGUCACUUCAUCACCUACAGAACGAAUACAGCAGAGCAAAGAGCAAGCCAAAGCUGUCAGGCCUUCUAAGCGCAGAGUCUCAUAG